AUGACGGAGCGAAACCUCGACAUCUUCGAGAACAAACUCUCCGAUUCCAACACAGAUCUCAGGACGAAAUGUAACUUCCUCAUCGAGAUUCGUGAUGGCAUGGACCAUUGGUGCCAGGGUACCACCUACCCUGUCUUUCUGCAAAAGUUUGUACCUGUACUACUCGACAUCCUCAGUGGUUCUCCAGUCUUCAUCAGCACAUCACCGGAACAGCGACUACGAAACUGCGCCCUCGAGAUCCUACAUCGCCUGCCUAUGUCCACGCCGGACGUAACCGAUCAGUAUGCUCCACAAAUUGUCGACAAGUUAUUGGAACUCGCGCGUACCGAGAACGAGGAUAAUGCUGUACUUUGCAUGAAGAUCAUUAUGGAAUUCGAAAGGACCCAUCUGAACUCAUGCGCAAGCAAAGUCCAGCCCUUCCUGGACCUCAUCCUGGAGCUGUUCCAGACCAUGGAUCAAACAGUCAAAGAUACCUUCGACACACCAGCAGCCGUGGGCUCUUCUUCUGCUGUAGCCCCAGGCACACCACAGUACAAUUCUCCUAGACCUGCAUCACCAGUUGCAUCGACCACAUCUCUGACCGCAGACGUCGGUAACGACCAGCCUCAAACCCGACAACUUCAAAAAGGAACCCAGUCUUUCAAGCUCGUCGCAGAAUGUCCUAUCAUUGUCGUCAGCAUCUUUCAAGCACACCGCAGCAUGGUAGCAAAAAACGUGGAAGCAUUCGUUCAUCGUAUCAAGUCAAUUCUUUCACUCCAAGCUGGACCGCAAAAGAGAGCACACGAGGAGGCAAGAGAACGAGGAACAACCUUUGUCGGUGUGGCCAAGGAUAUCAAGAACCGUGCGGCCUUUGGAGAGCUCGUCACUGCUCAGGUCAAGACUAUGAGUUUCUUGGCCUACUUGCUGCGUGUCUAUCAGAAAAUGCUGGCAGAUUUCUUGCGCGAGCUUCCAGAGAUUGUUGUGCGUCUUCUCCAGGACUGUCCAAGAGAAAAGUCUAGUGCACGAAAGGAGCUUUUGGUGGCCAUCAGACACAUUGUCAACUUUAACAUCAGGACGAUAUUUUUGCCAAAGCUGGACGAAUUGCUCGACGAACGCACUCUGAUCGGUGACGGUUUGACGGUGUACGAGACAUUACGACCUCUAGCUUUCACCAUGUUGGCCGAUUUGAUUCAUCAUGUGAGAGAAAACUUGACGCCUGCGCAGAUCGAGAAGAGCAUCUUUGUCUACACAAAGAACCUGCACGACGACUAUCCAGGCACCAGUUUCCAGACCAUGAGCGCGAAGCUACUGCUCAAUAUGGCUGAGUGUAUGGCCAAGGUUGAAGACAAGCAAGAUGCGCGUUACUUCCUCACACUGGUCUUGAAUGCAAUUGGCGAGAAAUUCGCAUCGAUGAACCGCCAGUACCACAACGCUGUCAAGGCCUCCGCACAGUAUGCCGAGACCACAAUGGAGGCUGGAGCCGAAAACUACCUCGCAGACGUCAACCAGAAGCCAGAAUGGGAUGAGAUCGACAUCUUCAAUGCAACACCCAUCAAGACCAACAGCCUCAGAGACCGCGGAUCCGACCCUGUUGCUGACAACAAAUUCUUGUUCAAGAACCUCCUGCACGGCCUAAAGACGCUAUUCUAUUCGUUGCGUGCUUCCAACCCUACGCGUAUUCGCGACGAAAUGGAUGCAGCCAACGUUCCUCCUAACUGGCAAGAUGUUUCAUAUGGGUUCAACGCCGAGGAAGUCAACGUACUAAUCAAGCUGUUCCACGAGGGUGCUCAAGUGUUCCGUUACUACAACGCAGAGAAGACCCCCACAGAAACACCUAUGAUGAACCCAGUCGAGUUCCUGGCCAACAACCACAUGAUGAGCAGCGGAAAGGAGGAAAAAGACCUUCUCGAAACUUUUGCAACCAUCUUCCAUCACAUCGACCCUGCCACAUUCCACGAAGUCUUCCAAGCCGAGAUCCCACACCUCUACGAAAUGAUCUUCGACCACCCAGCUCUUCUGCACAUCGCCCAGUUCUUGCUUGCUAGUGAGGCAACGUCUCCUGCGUUCUGCGGUAUGAUGUUGCAAUUCUUGAUGGGUAGACUUGAAGAAGUCGGCACUUCUGAUGUACAGAAAUCCAGUGUACUUCUCAGGCUCUUCAAGCUAUCCUUCAUGGCUGUCACCCUUUUCUCCGCACAAAACGAGCAAGUUUUACUGCCUCAUGUCACAAAACUCAUCACAAGGUCGAUUGAAUUGUCGGUGACUGCCGAAGACCCUACAAACUACUUCCUACUGCUCAGAUCACUGUUCAGAAGUAUUGGCGGUGGCAGAUUUGAGAAUCUAUACAAGGAGAUUCUACCUUUGCUUGAGAUGCUGUUGGAAGUGCUGAACAACUUGCUCACCUCUGCACGCAAGCCGCAAGAUAGAGACCUCUUUGUUGAACUGUCUCUGACCGUACCUGCUCGCCUUAGUCAUCUGCUACCUCACCUAAGCUACCUGAUGAGACCGCUUGUUGUUGCUCUUCGCGCUGGUUCCGAGCUCAUCGCGCAAGGUCUUCGUACCCUGGAACUCUGCGUUGAUAAUCUUACAGCUGAUUAUCUCGAUCCCAUCAUGGCUCCUGUCAUUGACGAGCUGAUGGCUGCUCUCUGGGACCACCUCAAACCUCAACCUUACAGCCACUUCCAUGCUCACACUACUAUGCGUAUUCUUGGUAAGCUCGGAGGUCGCAACAGGAAGUUCCUUACCUCGCCUCCUGCUUUGGAGUACAAGCCAUAUGCAGAUGACGAAGCCAGCUACGACAUCAAGCUCAUUGGUUCUAUGAAGGACAGAGCAUUCCCUGCAAGGCUCGGAAUUGAUGUCGCUAUUGACAAGCUUCGAGAACAACCCAAGGCAGCAGCAGCAAAGAAGUCUGAUGCAUUCCACAAGCAACAAGCACUCAACCUUGUCAAGACACAAAUCAAACUUCUGGUCGGAUACGACAAUCUCCCUGAAGACUUUGCGAGACUCGUCCGCUUGCAGGCCAACGACUUGUUCGAUAAGAACUACGAUGUCGGUCAUGACCUGUUCUCGAAAUCGGAGCGCGAGAAAUCUGUCGCAAAGAAAGAUGCUCAGCAAGCAACCCUACUCAAGUUGAUCAAGGCGGCUAUGCUGGCUGCUGCAGUCCCUGAGCUCAAACAGGACGUGGUACCUUUUCUGGAUGGACUCUACAAGCAUUUGACAAUUCUUGAACUCGGCAGGUCACUCGGUCAAGAGAAGCACACCAAGCGACCCUUUGAGCCGUUGUCCGGCGAGGGUCCUGUCUUCGUCGAUAGUAGAGUGAUCGCGGACGCUAUCGCCGAUACCUUAUCUUCAGACUCUGCAGAGGUUCGCGAUGUUGCUUUCACCGCAUUGGACACUAUGUGGAAGUCAGCAGCCAUGAUUUUUGGAGCAGAAGAGCGUGUUGAGCGUUUACCGUUCUUCCGCGAUCUCACGAAAUCGCUCAUCCAUCACUGUUUCGAGGAAGAAUGGUUCUCGAAAUCUGGAGGUACUGCUGGUAUCGAUUACAUUGUCAACAAGCUCAACUUCAGCGCUGCUUGGUUGAAGGAUCGUCAGUUGGAACUUAUCCGAGCGCUCUUCUUUGUCAUGAAGGAUAUGCCUCAAGACCUUCCUGCCAAUGUCCGUGUUCAAGCCAAAGACGUGCUGCAGGCCAUCAUCAGAAAGUGCAACGAAGGCACACCGACCUCUGACAUUGGCGCAGCGAACACUCUUCUACACAACGUGUCUAACAAACUCGUUGGAGAAGUGUCGCAUAUGAACCGACAUGUUCGCGAGGCAGCUCAAGAUGGUCUUCGACUGCUUGCAGAAGUCGUUGGUGCUAAGCUGUACGAAAUCGUGAAGCCAGUCAAGGAGCUGGUCCUUCAACCUAUCUUCAACAAGCCUCUUAGAGCGUUGCCUUUCUCAGUGCAGAUAGGAUACAUUGACGCAUUGAACUUCUGUCUGGACAUGGAGAAUGAAGUCUUGCAGUUUGAAGACCGCCUCAACCGAUCACUUAUGGAGACAUUGGCUCUGGCGGACGCAGAAGACGAGACUCUUGCACCGAAGCCGAUGGAGCACAGAAGUGCCGAAUCGAUAGUCAACCUCAGGGUGUCUUGCCUUCGCCUUCUGACUACUGCUAUUCGCCUGCCUGCUUUUAACAAUUCUCCGCACGCGCAACAUCGCAGUCGUAUCAUUACCGUUUUCUUCAAAUCACUGUAUUCGAGAAACACCGAGGUCAAGACGACAGCCAAUGCCGGUCUGCAAAUAGUACUGCAAGCCACUCAAAAGCUACCUAAGGAUCUUCUUCAGAGCGGUUUGAGACCAAUCCUCAUGAAUGUCCAGGACCCUCGUAAGCUCAGUGUAGAGGGACUCGAAGGCCUGCGCACACUUCUCCAACUUCUCACCAACUACUUCAAGGUAGAGAUUGGCUCUCGUCUUCUGGACCAUAUGAAGCACAUUGCAGACGCGCAAAGCUUGCAAAAGGUUUCAUUCUCCCUCAUCGAGCAGAACCCCAAGAUGCGUGUUGUCACCGCAAUCUUCGGUGUCUUCCAUCUUCUUCCUGCCGCGGCUGUGCAGUUCCUCCCUACGCUGGUCGAAAGGGUUCUUGAACUUGAGCGUAGUCUUCGCAGAACUCAUUUCAGUCCUUUCCGUGAGCCAUUGAUCAAGUAUCUCAACCACUACUCAAAGGAAGCACUGGAACACUUCAGCGCAAACCUGAAGGAUGAGGCAAAGGGCAGGUUCUUCGCUCAGAUUCUCUCUGACAAGGCAGCUGCACCUUUGCGAACAGCUGUGAUGGAGUCGGAUGCCUUCUGGGCACCACUGACUGGAGAAGGACUGACCGAUGUUGAGAAGGACCAAGCAGCAGUCAAUGCUGUUCACGUCGCCCUGUCUUUGUCAGAGUUCCCUGAGUGUCGUGCCUGGCUCACAAACCAUGACAAGACUAGAUUGGCUCUGUUCGAGGCUGCCCAGUCACUGCAACAGAAGUUGCAAAACAAGACAUUGGCUUCAUCUCUUCGUCUGCCAGUCGAGCAGGUUGGAGAUCAUCUCAUGAUUAUUCUCACCAGAUACUUGUCUCAGAAGCCGAAUGAUCUUGAUUUCUUCUUUGAUCUUGUCCAAGCUUGCGCCAACGACGAGCUUGCAGAGUCGCACCGCUUGUUCCACUUCAUAUACGAAUUCAUCAUCACCAGCACCUCAGUCGAGUACCGACGUUCGGUCGCAGUGCGCUGUAUUGAUAUCUACACCAACCGUCAGAAGACACCACGCAUGAAGUCGUUCGUAUUCCACUACAUCUUAAAUCCCAUCUUUGCCAUGGACAUCCAGCGCAAUUGGGAAAGCCUGUUUGGCAACAACAAGGGUACUGAGCUGUUCGACAAGUCCAUGACCGACAUUGUGCACGCCAAGUUGUGGAAGCCGCAAGCCAAUAGCGACAUUUCCGAAGAUCCUACUCAGCCUGGCGUUGACCAGUCAAGGAUGGAGUUGAUACAGCUGACAUCGAUGCUCCUCAAAUACCACCACAACAUGCUUUCCGAUGCACGAAAGGAUGUGAUAAUGUUUGGCUGGACGUACAUCAGACUUGAGGACACCAUCAACAAGUACGCUUCUUACGCGCUGAUCUCAUAUUUCAUCGCCCAUUACGACACCCCGGCUAAGAUUGUUGUGCAAAUCUACGGCAAGCUGCUGGGAGCACACCAGGCUGAAGGUCGACCGCUUGUUAUGCAGGCUCUUGAAAUUCUUGAGCCUGUUCUCAUCAAGCGAACCGGUAGUGAGCAAGCAAGAGCGCCUGCCUGGACUCGUAUUCCUCGUCGCAUACUAAGUGAAGAGACAUCGAACACCCCACAGCUCACCAGCAUUUUCCAGUUCCUUGUCAGGCACCCUGACCUCUUCUAUGAGGCUAGAGAAUCUUUCGCAUCCAUCAUCAUCCCUUCGCUCAAUAAGGUCGCGCAACUGCCCAAUCCUUCCACCGAAAACAAAAGACUGGCUAUCAACCUUUUCAGCAUGAUCUGGCAUUGGGAAGAACGUACCGUGAAGGAGAACGGGUCGCUCUCUGCAUCCCAGUCUCCUGGUAGCGAGGCGCCUGCUGUAAACAAGAAGGCUGCUUCAGCCUCUUACGCUCUCCGCACCAUGAUGAUCAAAUACAUGGUAAACUUCAUCGCCAUCUUGCCUGAGAGGUUCCCUGUCCCAAGCUCUACCGAAGAGGGUAAGGAUGCGAAAGAAGGCAAGGAGCGUCCUUCUCCAUCCGCCAAUGAGACAAUAAGAAAGUCACUGGAGUUGCUUUGGCGUUUCCUGUCGCCAGGAUAUUGGGAUGAUGUUGAUGUCGAUGCCAUGUUCCCCAAAGUUACUGAACCGAUCCUCCUCUCCGAGCCCAAGCAGGAUGAGAAGAUGGAGCCUUGGACCAGCCGUGUCAUCAACACUUUGCAGAUGCUCCGCUCGCUUGUCAACGCCAAGUCUGAUGAGUGGAUUGUUGCUCGCUUGCCUCAACUACAAAAGCUGCUCGCCAAAUCAUUGAAAAGCGAGAGUGCCGAGAUUCAAGAUUGCUUACAUUGUAAUAAGCCUGUCGAAGGCUUCCCCGAAUUGAAGCCAUUGAUGAAUGCAAUCCUGGAUGCGGUUCCCCUGCAGCAAUCAGAGGAAGACUUGCCUGACGCCGAGAGUCCGACAGAUGAGUUUGUCAAUUUUCUCUCUACUCUUGCGGGUGAUUGUAUGUCGGCUACUGGCAAAGACACUCAAGUUCAGACCGCUGGCAUCAACAUUCUCUGGACGCUUUCGCAACGCAAGGCCGAUAGUGUGGAUACCCACAUUCCCGCUCUUCUCAAGGCCCUCCAAGGCAAUCUUGCGAAGAACCACCUUGCAGCUCAAAUGCCACAGCAAGUCGCCACUGCCAAUGGAGUCGCAGCCCAGCUUCCUGGCAAUCCUCAAGAGGUUGACCUUAACACUGUCCUGAUCAUCAGAGUGAUUGAGAUGCUAUCAGCCCGCAUUGCAGCUCUCGGAGAGCAGCGCAGGCCUUAUCUGAGUGUCCUUGCCUCGCUUGUCGAAAGAUCUCAAAACAACAUGCUUUGCGAGAAGAUCCUUAGUAUGGUUGAGGAGUGGGUGUUCAACUCGACGGAACCGGUUCCUACCCUCAAGGAGAAGACGGCAGUGUUGCAGAAGAUGCUCAUGUUUGAGAACCGAUCCGACUUGACACUCUACCACAAGUUCCUGGACCUGGUCAUCCGCAUCUAUGAGGAUCCCAAAAUCUUUAGAUCCGAAUUGGCUGUGCGCAUGGAGCAUGCUUUCCUCAUUGGUCUUAGAAGUCCUGACAUUCCCAUGCGUACACGUUUCAUGACCAUCUACGAUCGCAAUCUCAGUCGUACAGCUGCCAACCGCUUCUUCAAGUUGCUAGCUGAGCAGCAAUGGGACGUCCUUGCCGACAGCUUCUGGCUGAGUCAAGUCAUUCACCUCAUGUUUGGCUCAAUCGACAUGAACACUUCCUUGAGACUGCACAAUGAUGAUUUCAAGUGCUUGCCUGCCUCAAAGCUCUUCAACACAAUGUCCACAGAUCCACGACUUGCUGAUCUCAUGCUCGACUCUGAAUUUGAGAAUUUCAUUGCAAGCCACAAGCGAUUCGUGCAAGAGCUGGGCGAAAUCAAGACGAAGGAUGUCCUCGAACCAUUGGCCAAUCUCCAGCACACCGACUCAAACCUUGCUCAUGACAUCUGGGCUGCCUACUUCCCAUUGAUCUGGUCCAGUCUCUCGAGAGACGACCGUGAAGAUAUGGAGACUGGGCUUAUCAAUCUCCUUACUAAGGACUUCCAUCAACGCCAGACCGACAAACGCCCGAACUGUGUUGCUACUUUGAUCGAUGGCAUAGUCCGUGCCAGACCUCGUGUCAAGUUCCCACCACAUGUCCUCAAGUUCCAAGCGAAGAACUACAAUGCUUGGUACAGCGCAGCCACGUACAUUGAAGAAUUGGCAAUGAAGCCCAUUGUCGAUACUCCGGCCAUCCGCGAGAGUAAUCUAGACGCUCUUGUUGAACUGUAUGCUACUCUGCAGGAAGACGAUCUCUUCUACGGAACUUGGCGCAGAAGAUGCCAAUUCGUGGAGACGAACGCUGCUCUUUCAUACGAGCAGAAUGGUGUCUGGGACAAGGCUCAAGCAAUGUACGAGCAGGCUCAGAUCAAGGCUCGUACUGGCUCGAUUGCGUUUUCACCCGGUGAAUACAUGCUCUGGGAAGAUCACUGGGUGUACUGCGCCGAGAAACUUCAGCAAUGGGAGAUUUUGGGUGACUUCGCUAAGCACGAGAACUUGAACGACCUGUUCCUCGAAGCAACCUGGCGCAACUUUGAUGCUUGGGAGGAGCCUGACAACCGAGCUCAGUUGGACACUAUAAUCAAGGCUGUCUCUGAUGCUCCCACUCCCCGCCGCAUGUUCUUCCAGGCCUUCAUGUCGCUGCUCAAGCUUCACAACAAGACCGAAACUCAACAAGACUUUAACCGCAUCUGCGAUGAGAACAUUCAACUUUCGAUCAAGAACUGGCACAAGCUUCCCAAGCAAAUCACACAGGCUCAUAUCGGAUUGCUACAGAAUUUCCAGAACUUGGUCGAACUGCAUGAUGCAAGCGUGAUUUGCAGCAGCCUGGCUCAAACCACAUCUGCCAAUCUCGAUGUCAAAAGUCAAGAGCUUAAGCUUCUGCUUGGCACUUGGAGAGACAGGCUGCCCAACUUCUGGGACGACAUCAACUCAUGGCAAGACUUGGUCACCUGGCGUCAACAUAUCUUCCAGCUUAUCAACAGAACAUACCUGACGCUGCUGCCAACUACCAACCAGGGCAACGCUACUGGCCAAUCGUAUGCUUACCGUGGCUACCACGAGACUGCUUGGAUCAUCAAUCGUUUUGCACAUGUCGCUCGCAAGCACCAGAUGCCUGACGUCUGCAUCACUCAACUCAGCAGGAUUUACACCUUGCCUAACAUCGAGAUCCAAGAAGCUUUCCUCAAGCUGAGGGAACAGGCCAAGUGCUGUUACCAGAACCGUAACGAGCUCACCAGCGGGCUAGACGUGAUCAACAACACCAAUCUUAACUACUUUGGAGCUCAGCAGAAGGCAGAAUUCUACACUCUCAAGGGCAUGUUCUUGGCCAAGCUCAACCACAAGGAAGAAGCUAAUGACGCAUUCGGUACUGCUCUCUACUUUGACAUCAAGCUUCCAAAGGCUUGGAGCGAAUGGGGUAGAUACAACGACAUGCUCUUCAAGGAGAAGCCUGACGAGAGCAUCGACAAGGCUAGCGCUGCCAUCAGUUGCUACCUCGAAGCCGCUGGUCAAUACAAGAGUGCCAAGUCGAGGAAGCUUCUCAGCAGAAUCCUUUGGCUUCUCAGUUUGGAUGACGCAGAAAACACGCUCGCAAAGGCAUUCGAGAACUUUAAGGGAGAGACUCCUGUGUGGUACUGGAUCACCUUCAUUCCUCAACUGCUCAACAACUUGUCUCGUACACCCAGUGAAGCCAACAUUGCUCAUGGAAUCUUGAGCAAGCUUGCAAAGACAUACCCUCAAGCACUUUACUUCCAGCUGCGUACCAGCCGCGAAGAUAUGUCGGUCAUCAAGAGAAGUCAAGAGCAGAAAGAAGCCAGGGAGAAGCAGGCACGAGCUAAACAAGCAGGAGCUGCUACACCUGGUGAAGCCGUCAAGCCAGAGGCCAAGCCCAAUGGAGAAACUGCCAGUGGCACUCCCCAACCCAAGGUCGAAGGUCAGGAUGCAAACCAGCCCGCCAAACCCGAAGCGGCCGAGCCAGCCAAGCCCAAGAAGCCUUGGGAUCACACUGAAGAGCUCACUCAGACGCUCAAGACGGCAUUCCCUCUGUUGGCCCUGUCCAUGGAGACUAUGGUUGAUCAGGUUCAGAAGUACUUCAAGUGUACUCUGGACGAAGAUGCCUACCGUCUCAUUGUCGCUCUGCUGAACGAUGGCCUGGCGUAUGUUGGCAGAUACCCUACUUCAUACGCUCAAGGUGUAAACUUGCCGCCAUCAACCGAGGCUAACAUCACUCGAUUCGCGGAGUCUAUUUUACCAGCUCACAUUCGCAAGUCAUUCGAAGCCGACUUUGUGACCAAGAAGCCAUCAAUGUUCGAAUACAUUGCAAAGCUUCGGAGAUGGAGAGACAGAUUCGAAGAGAAGCUCGAUCGUAGAACGUCCAAGUGGCAUCUUGAACAGACUACUCAUCUGGCUGAAUUCCGUUUCUUGAAGUUUGACGAGGUUGAGGUGCCUGGACAAUACCUGCAGCAUCGUGAUAAGAACCAAGACUUUGUCAGGAUUGAGCGAUUCUUGCCUGAUGUUGAGCUCGUCAGAGGCGUCACUGGUUGUCAUAGGAGAUUGACCAUUCGUGGCCAUGAUGGAAGCGUACAUCCAUUUGCCAUCGUACACCCGACAGCCAGACACAGCAGACGCGAGGAGAGAGUUCUGCAAUUGUUCAGAAUCUUCAACAGCAUCCUUGCUAAGAAGAAGGAGAGCAGACGUCGCAACUUGCAGUUCCACCUACCGCUGAUCAUUCCUUUGUCUCCUGGCAUCCGUAUGCUACAAGAUGAUGCUUCGUACAUUAGUUUGCAAGGAAUCUACGAAGACUACUGUCGUCGUAACGGCAUCAACAAGGAUGAUCCGGUCUUGUUCCAGAUUGACAAGCUCCGCGCCUUGACACCGGUAAGCAAUAUCAACGGCACCACAACAGAACGAGAUACUGACCUUUGGUUCCAGCAAAAACCCGAGCAGGCUGCAAGCAUUCGCCUGGAGACUUUCAACGCGAUUCAAGAGAAGUUUGUUCCGAACGACGUUGUUCAGGACUACUUCCAGCAGACAUAUCCUUCGUACGACUCGCUCUGGCUUUUCCGUCGGCAAUUCUCUGCACAGUUGGCUGCUCUGACAUUCAUCACGUUCACUAUGCACAUGACGAUGCGUUAUCCUCACAAGAUGUCCAUCUCGCGCGGCACUGGUAACAUUUGGGGAUCGGAGUUGGUUCCUGCAAUGGCUGCGGCCAAGCCUUACUUCCACAACCCAGAAGCUGUGCCUUUCCGUUUGACGCCCAACUUGCAGACGCUGAUGGGCCCGAUCCACACCGAGGGCAUCUUCGUGGCAGCUCUUAUGGCUAUUGCUCGCUGUCUGACCGACUCGUCUUCGUCGCCCACAACAUCGACUCCACCUGCCGCUCCCACUCCUACCAACUCAGGUAACGGAGGCAACAACCAGGAUGAGACAGAGAGUAACACUUCGGAUCUCGAAGGACAGCUCAGCAUCUUCAUCCGUGACGAGAUGAACUUCUGGUCGCUACAGCAGCACAAGCAGAGCAUCAAAGAUGGAGAGUUGCGUGAGCACGUGUACCGCAAUGCUACGGGCAUUGUCAAAAAGGCAGUCGCCAUGGCCAAGGAGCCCGAUGCAAAGAACUUGCCUGCCAGUCAGAGUGUGCUUGAUCUUGUAGCCAAGGCUACCGAGCCCAAGAAUCUGUGUACGACAGAUGCGCUUUGGCAAGCUUGGCUGUAG